AUGGAUCGGAAAAGACGUCUAGCAUUGCUCCUAUUACUACGUAACCGCCGAAAUCGACGCAAGAUCACAAGACGGUACUGGAUCAGUCCUUUCAUUUCAUUAAGAAAUCGUGAUGGACAGUUUUUUUUUUUAGAAUAUCGGGAGUUGCUAUUAGACGAAAAGAAGUUUUAUAAUUUUUUUAGAAUGAGUGUAUCCAGCUUCGAAUGUUUAUUGAAGUCCUUAGAACCACACAUACGAAAAAACUAUACUAAUAUGAGGAAUCCAGUGGAACCAGUAGAAAUGCUGGGAAUCACUUUAAGAUACCUAGGAAGUGGAAAUUCAAUAACUGAUUUACAUUUCAAAUUCAAACGGGGAAAAUCUACUAUUGCAUAUAUAAUACAAAGAGUUUGUCGUGCUAUAUGGACCAAUCUUCUUCGAGACAACAUCCCUGAACUGACAACUGAAAGUUUCCAAACAAUAGCGAGGGGUUUUGAUGUAAAGGCAAAUUUUCCUCAAUGUGUUGGUGCCAUCGACGGCAAACAUAUCCGCGUGUGUAAUCCUGCAAAUAGUGGCUCACUUUUUUUUAAUUAUAAAGCCUUUUUUUCGAUUGUGUUGCUAGCUAUUGUGGAUUCAAAUUACAAAUUCGUAUUUGUCGACAUCGGUGCAUACGGAAAAGAAUGCGAUUCAACCAUAUUACAAAAUUCUAAACUGUACGAGCUAAUGAUUAACAACAACUUACCACUACCUCAACCCCAGCCACUCUCUGGUAGCAAUAUACCAACCCCGUAUGUAUUUGUGGGUGACGAAGCUUUUGGACUGAGCAAACAUAUUAUGCGUCCAUAUGGCGGUCAAAAUCUCGACUUACAACAAAAGGUUUUCAAUUACCGUCUAAGCAGAGCCAGAAGAUAUGUCGAAUGCGCUUUUGGGAUUAUGGCUAACAAAUGGCGCAUUUUUCACAGACCGAUAGACGUGUCCUAUGACUUCGCUACUGACAUUAUAAAAGCAUGUUGUGUAUUACACAAUUUUGUCGCUGAUCGAGAUGGUUUUAGACAAAGAGAUAAAUUUGCUAUAAGUGUUGAUGAAUUUCUCCCAAUACAACCCGUACAUGAAGAACAGACAGCACCGAAUGUCAUAAGACAGCAAUAUGCGACCUAUUUUAUGACUAGAGGAACUCUGCCUUGGCAGCUAAAUAAGGUAUAAUUGUAUUAUGAGGGUUUUCAAGAUUUUCUU